GAUUUGUGUUGUGAAUUUGGUGAAACGGGCCAAAAAUGGCUACACUCUGUGGAAGAAUCCUCGCUACAUCGGCGAAAAAACACGUACUUUCUACCAGUUACAGAUUCGCCACUAAAGUAUCGAUGGGCGAUCCUAUUGAACACGCAACCGGUUUAGAAAAACGCGAAUUGUUAGCGAAAAUAGCGGGUAACGACAACCCCUUCGACAUAAAAGUAAUCAAAAGAUGCGCCGGCACCAAAGACACACCUAACGAAAUACCUUCUGCUUUCGAUUCCCGUCUCGUUGGGUGCGUUUGCGAGGAAGAUUCGACCCACAUCACCUGGAUGUGGCUGCACAAGGGCGAGGCCAGAAGGUGCGAAUGCGGCCAUUGGUUUAACUUGGUGUACAAGGCUCCUGUAUAAAUAAGUAAUAAAAGUUGUCUAGAUUAUGUUAGUGCUCUAUAAUAAAUUAAUUUUGUUCUUUUAAAAUAUUUGUUUACAUAACUGCCGAGUGUAUGACUAAGCACCAGUUAGAAUUUUUUGAAUUGGCAUUUGUGUUAAAUAUAGUUAUCAAAAGUAGGAGAACAAAUACAUUUACUUUCAUUUAUCUUCCCUUCGAAAUUGUAAGUGAAACAAACUUGAAAUAACAAUAUUGUUUAUUCCCAAUGAAAAAAUUGUAAAAAUGUACAUUAAAUUGUUGCAUACAUAUAAAAACACUCAACCACAAAUAAUUUUUCUAACAUAAGUGUUGUUUUUUAGUCUUACCAGAAAAAGGAAAAAUUUCAAAAAAAUCAUAACACCUCGAACUUCUUACAGCCACCUAUUUAAAAAUAAAUCUUCCUAAUGGAGAAGAUUGGAUCGGAAUGCGCCGAUCCGUGUAAAAUAGCUAUUAUAUUAUCUAUCGGAAUGAAUUUCUUUGUGAAUGCUCAUUCAUUUUUAUCAAUUACUGCAGUCUCUUUCGCUUUAUGGUGCUUAUCUUCUUUUUUUAUGGACUUAAUCUCUUGACUAGAACGACUCGAAUCUUUUCUAAAUGUAUA